AGAACACAUAUUGUUUUAUUGUCAUAUGUGUGUACUUUAAUUAAAAAUGUUAGUGUUGGAACGUGAAAAAGGUUUCGACGUAGUCUAGAUUUUUGACAAGUCAAAAUAAAAAUUAUUUUUAAAAAAUACCCUCUGGUACAUAAAUUUAUUCAAGCAGUAAAUCAUACGGAGAAAAAUGGCUAAGGUAGAAGAGGGUAAUGCUCAUAUGCGAGCUGCAGAAAAAAGUUUGAAAACGACUUUGCUCAAAUGGAGACCCGACUACGAAGUCGCUGCUGAUGAGUACAAUCAAGCAGCAACAUGCUUCAGGAUCGCUAAAUCAUUUAAACAAUGCAAGGAAGCCUUAAUAAAAGCUGCUGAUUGUUAUAAAGAAAAUAAAUCAUGGUUCCAUGCUGCCAAGAGUUUGGAACACGUGUUAUUAAUAUGUAGGGACAUGGGCGAUUUAUCAGAAAUACCCCAGUUAGCACAUCGUUCAUGUUCACUGUAUCAACAGCAUGGAUCACCAGAGUCUGGAGCAACGGUGUUGGAUAAAGCGGGUAAAAUGAUUGAGUCAAAUGAUCCUGAAGCAGCUCUACCACUAUUUCAACGUGCUGCUGAUAUUGUUUUGGGCGAAGACAGUCCUAGACAAGCGGCUGAGUAUCUAAGUCGGGUGGCGCGAAUAUUCGUUAAAUUAAAAAAGUUUGACGAAGCUGCCAAUGCGAUACGCCGUGAAAUAGACAUGCAUCAACGUAUUGAGCAUCAGCCGUCAGUGGGACGUCUUGCAGUGGUGCUGGUACUGAUACAGUUGGCUAGAGGUGAUCAAGUCGCUGCUGAAAAGGCGUUUAGAGAAUGGGGAAAUUACUGCGACGCACCUGAGAUUCAAACACUGGAGAUGCUGUUGCAAGCUUAUGAUAAUGAGGAUGCUAAUGCAGCACGUGCUGCAUUAAAUAGUCCGUUUAUAAAACACAUGGACGUUGAAUACGCGAAAUUAGCACGUGGGUUACCGUUGCCCCAGCAAGAGUAUGCAGUACCACCAGCUGGUGUCAGAGCUAACGCUGCAGAACCCUACGUUUCUUCAUCGAAACAAGAAAAACCACGGGAAACUGUCCAAGCGGAAGUCAGUAAUGAAACUGAACCCAUUGAGAAAGCUAUGGCGUCAGCUAAAUUAUCUAGCGAACUAGGAGAAGAAGAAGAAGAGACACCAGGAAAUCCAGUUGAAGAAAAAGAAGAAAAUAAAGAAGAACAUGAUGAGUAUGAUAAUGGAUUAUGUUGAUUUAAUUAAUAAAUAUAUAAUAUUAAUAAAUGCUAAUUAUUUUUUGUUAAAUAUAUGAGAGCUCAAAUUAUUGAGAUUUAAAAAUAUAUAUAUGAUAUAAAUAUAAAAUUAUUUUUGUCGCUCAUUACAGAGAAUUAUAUUGUAGAAGCUUCUAAACAGCAACCACUUGCAUUUAAAAAUCAUAAUGAUAAUAAUUACAGCACUUUAAUUAAAUGAAUUUUAUUAUUGCUAUUAAAUAAU